GAAUGCCUAUUAUCCUAGAAAGAACAACUAGCCUACUAUAGCUAACUAACCAACCAUAUCGGGUUUUGAUUGUGGAGCAGGUGGUGCAGCCAAAUGUAAAUACCUGAAGAACUUCUCAUUUAAGGAUUUUCCUCUGGAAAGCUGUAGCCAUGGGGGGUCCAUUUGCAGUAGCCUGUGUAUUCUGUUUUUUCUGCUGUGCACAUGUUAAUUGCUUCUCACACAAUGAUAAUCAACUUGGUGGUGCUAAUAAGAAGCCUAUUUGGACAGAUAAUAAAGCAGAUUUUAUUCAUAAAGUAUUUGAAAAAUACGGAGAUGGAGAGAUUAUUUCACUACAAGGCUUUGAGAAGUUGCUGAGAGAAAUUAAACUAGAAAACCUAAUCCUUCCUCAGAAUCUUAGCCCUUCCAACAGCCAUGUAAAAAACUCAACUCACAACAUAACCCAAAAUGUACCACAUAUCCAUGAAGAUGCUAGAUUACCUCAGUGCAUCUCCAGCACUAGUCUUCUCAGUGGUUCUAUCCACCUGACACCCUCCAUGUACAGGGAUGUUUGCCCUGUAUUGUUGUCACAACUGAUGCCAAUCUCCCUCAACAUGUCUCCCCAGGUGUGCCAACAUCACUCAACCGGUGACCUUCCUGCCGACGACAGAUCAACAGUUUGGUUGUACUCCACCCUAAGCAUCAUCAUUAUAAGUUUGUGUGGCCUGCUGGGUGUUGCUGUUAUACCGGUGAUGCAGCUCGUGUUUUAUCAUCAGCUGCUUCAGUUCCUAGUGGCUCUUGCGGUGGGAACUCUUUGCGGGGACGCACUGCUCCAUCUCUUGCCCCAUGCUAUGAUGGCGACCCACAGCCAUCAUACCACUGUACACAUGGGCCAGCUGGACGUAGAGUCCCAUAUGGAUGACCAUGACGCCAACAUAUGGCGUGGGUUGGUAGCCAUGCUUGGUGUUGUCUUCUUCUAUUUUACUGAGAAAUGUCUUACUAUGGUUGCUGAAUGCAGAAAAAAGAAGCAAAGAAAAACUCAGUUGAUGCCGAAGGUGAGAGUGAUGAGGGACGUUGACUCCCCAACCGGUGGGACCAAGGUGGGAGAGAAACUGUGUAAACACAAGUACAGCUCCUACCCUUAUUGCUAUGGAGAGAUAGCGGAUAACCCAGAUAAUCACCAAAAAGUGAGAAACAAUGACCAAACAGAAACUAAUGCUGUGUGUAAGAGUAUGGUGUCAAACCAAAAUGGAGAUGAUUCAUUGUUUGAGAAAAAAUGUCUGAAUAUUAACGCUCCCGAUCUGACCAAAGAAAAUGAGCUUCUGAGCACACAAAAAGCUUUACUUGAUGGAAAUGAUGAGAACCAAUCAGACGAACGAUACACCGUUAUCAUAAGAGAACAUGAGAAUGUACAUCAUGGCCACUCCCAUACCCACGGCCAUGUUCACUCGGCCCCGCAGUCCAUGUCCUCAGUGGCCUGGAUGGUCAUCAUGGGUGAUGGUCUCCACAACUUCACUGAUGGAAUGGCCAUCGGAGCCGCGUUCUCUUCCAACGUCACUGGAGGUUUCAGCACUGCCCUCGCUGUAUUCUGUCACGAGCUUCCACAUGAACUAGGUGAUUUUGCUGUGCUUCUGAAAGCGGGUAUGAGUGCCAAACAGGCAGUGUUUUACAACAUGUUGUCCUCCAUUCUAUGCUUUGUGGGAAUGUGUUUUGGUAUCUUCCUCGGACACGAUGAACACAUGACACAGUGGGUGUUUGCGGCCGCUGCGGGCAUGUUCCUAUACAUCGCUCUUGUUGAUAUGAUCCCGGAGCUAACAACCAGUCACUCCAAUGAGGGAGGUUCACUGUGUCAGUGUGUGCUUCACUUCGCUGGACUCAUGACUGGCAUCGCCAUCAUGUUACUGAUAGCUGUAUACGAGCAUGAUCUCAAGACUGUCUUUGAUAAGUGAUAUGGUUGUCAAGAGGUCCAAGGAAUCUGGACAUUUGGACUUCGUUUUCAAUUGUCGAUGUUUGUCAAGCAUUUAAAGUUUUUUCAAGAUUUGGAGAUACCAAGAAGUUUAACAUAGUUUUCUGUACAGUAUGUUGUUAGUUAGGUAUCUACUGUGGACUAACUCGUGUGAUUAAAAAAAAAUAUUUUCUUAAUAUCAUGUAAAAUUAGGUAUUCAUGUUACUAUUGUUUGUCAGUCCGUUUUUGGUGCUAAAAAUAACCAAACGUGAGAUUGUGAAGUUUGUGAUGGACAUCCAGUUAUUGAAAUGCUAACCCUUUGAGAAGUACAGUGCGCAGCUACUUUCGAUGUAUAAAUUAAUGUGCCAUUAGUUAUCACUAGUAGCUUUUUAACUGUACUUUGCAACAGAAGUAACAAAGUAUUUUUAAAAAUGGUUAUAUAAUCAAAAUCAAUGGUAUAUCAAGAUGAUAGAUACACAUAGUUGUAUAACAUUCUUAGUUUUUCGAAUUAGCUGCUUAAAAGUUAAAAACUGAUACCAUUUGUGAAACUUAAAAAGACCAAAUGUAAAUAUUUACGUUUAGUAACUACACAUUACUGCUAAUAGGUACACAAUUACCAUGAAGGGCUUCUAUUAUUGUAAAUGUUAAUUCAUGAUUGUUUCACUAAGCAUUAGUUGGGCUACUAGUAAACUUUUCCACCUUUAAAAUAAAUCAUUUGAGUUAGACUUAGACAUAUAUGAUACAAGUUUUAUCUAAGAUUUCCAUAUUUUUUUAAGAAUUUAAUGUAAAUUUCUUUUCCUUUACGCCACACUACACAGUAAGUAGCACCAAGUAAGUAUUAUUUAUUGGUUUCUGUACUCUUUUCAGACCAAAGAGUCUUCAAGAAAGGGUUUAGUAAAAUCAGAUGGAGUACAGUAAAUUUACGACACUUUCAAAUAGGCGUAAUAUGAGUUUUAAGUAGGCUCUAAACCUAACAAAGCUAUACGAUAAAUAUUAGAAAUGUGUGGACAGGCAAAUUGCACUUUCAUAAUAAAUAUUAAAAGAGUUUUUGAAAAUAGUUUUUUUUUAUUAAAUAUUAAUUUGAAAUUUGUUUGUUUGGUUUAGUUUUUAGUUUGAAAAUGCUGUUAAAAAGUGUAUCUCAAACAAUGUUGUAAUUGUAUGUAUGUGUUUACAAGCCCCGCUUAUUGGUAGUAGUGUGGCAAAACAUAUUGCAUGUGGUUCGUACAUCCAAUACCCAGUCUUGCCCGCGAUGGUGUAAUAUACUAUUCCUAACUGCAAAUACAUUUUUAGCUGCCCACCUAACUAAGGAGUAGGUUCCAGUUCUAGUUGUGUAUAUUUUAAUGAAACUGAGAAUAAGUUUCACAUGGCACUUAGGAGGAUGUGUCUAAAAGUAGCACUUCUUGAAGGGUUAGCAAAACAGUGAGAUGUAAACAUGUAAUUGAGACAGAUACUUAAUUGUGUGUUAUUUUUUGUUUCGCUAUUUUAGUUAUCUCUAAAGUUCCUUGUUUGUUUAAGAGAUUCACUCAAACCAUCAACAUUGAUGAGUCGUAAAAGAAGUUAUUUGGCGAUCAAAAGUGAAUCUUACAACCAGUGUUUCUUUUAUUGUUGUGUAUGUUUAGUUAUUUGAGUUCAAACAUUUUGUCUUACUUAGAUAUAAUUUGUACGUUAUAUUUACCACAUUGUAUGAGUUACAUGUUUCUUUUAAUACACUAAGGCAUCUCCUAAACAUUUCAAUAUAGUCACUCAGAUUUGUUCGUCAUGCUUACGAUUUCUCAUCAUAAUAACUUUACUGAUAUUAUUUAUUGAUACUUAAUACUUAAUGUUUUGGAAAGUCAGCCUUUUUCUGGCUAGCUUAUAUUGAUUUUUCUGUUAAUGUAUUAAGGACGUAAGUAAAUGCUAUUUAAAAUACUGAAAUAUUUUUUUAAGUUUGUUAGAACUUUUUAUCUGGCAUUUGUCAGAUAAAUAAAGUUGAAAUGUUUUAUAAA